CCAAGAAAUCAAUCUUGAAAUGGGAUUUUUUUCUACGUCAUGAGCUCUCCUCACAAGCUUCCCUACACUAGUGGCUCCUAGUGUGAUCUCCUAGGGGAAGCCCUACCCAAUCAGAGCCUCAAGCACUAUUCUUCACGGGCCUUCCUCAAGCUUAAGCUAUCUCUUAGAGGAGGUCCCUCAUAAAUACCACGCUAGGGGAUCGUUAGUUGAUUUUGUACUCCAUUUAUAUCCUAGGAUCUUGGAUGUUGGGUUUGGACUUCAACCCUUGUUGCCCAUGAUAUAAGGGCAAGGGUUAUUACAUUGGUAUUCAGAGCAAGGUUAAUCUUAAGCCUUGUGGGAUUUUUUUCUUGAUCUUUUUUUUAGAGGGGUGAUUGGACCUCAAUCCAAGACAUUGGAGUGAAUAUUUGAAGAUCUUUCAAGACAUUUCAAACUUCUCUAAGUCAUUUUGAAGAGCUUCUCCAAGAUCUUCAUCAACUCCAACCCCUCUCAAGACCCUUUUCAGCUACAACCUCUUCUCCUACCUCCACAAUUCAAGUUUUGAAGAGAGAAUAUAUUCUCUCUUGCCCACCUUGUUGGUGGAAGGCUCCCUUGUGGAGUGUGUUUCAGAUCUGUGAUUUGUUGCAAAAUCUACAUUACCGCAUUGCUAACACACUUUUCGUCAUACAGCUCGAGGAAGCUGGAACCCCGACGCCAGACAUUGAGGAUUUUCCACCUCAGAUGAAGGUACUGGCGGAUGAAUUUAAGGAGGUUUUUGAGUCUAUUCCAGAUGGCCUCCCUCCUGACCGCGCCGUGGGCCACACCAUCCCUGUGGAGCCUGGAAAGCUCCCACCGUUUCGACCUCUGUAUCGCCUCAGUCCAGCUGAGUACAAGGAGGCUAAACAACAGAUUGAGGAGUACCUCAGGAAGGGAUGGAUUGAGCCAAGCGCAUCACUAUAUGAAGCACCAAUCUUGUUCGUUAACAAGAAGGGUGGUGGCUUACGCAUGUGCGUCGACUACCGCGCCUUAAACAACAUCACGAUCAAGAACAGAUAUCCUCUUCCAAGGAUAGAAGACCUGUUCGAUCGACUCCAGGGUGCUCAGUGGUUUAGCGCGUUGGAUCUGGCACAAGGGUACCACCAACUGCGCUUCACUGAGGAAGAUGUUCCAAAGACGGUGUUCCGUUCGCCGUUUGGCCAUUUUCAAUGGCGCGUGCUGAGCUUUGGCUUGACCAAUGCUCCGGCCUCUUUUCAGAGGGCCAUGAACGAUGUGUUUCGCGAAGCUAUCGGACACUUCGUUCUGGUUUACCUCGACAAUAUCUUGGUUUAUUCCAAGACUGAAGAGGAGCACACUCAACGCCUAAAAUGGGUGCUAGGGAAGUUGCGAGAACACAAGUUCUAUGCUCGUUUAUGGAAAUGCCAUUUCUACAAACGCGAGCUGGAAUACCUCGGUCAUCUUGUCGGGAACAACAGACUUAAAGUCGACCCCAAGAAGGUGGUGGCUGUUCAGAAUUGGCCCGUCCCACAGGACGUGGGUCAGAUCAGGUCCUUCCUAGGCCUGGCCAAUUAUUUCCGCCGGUUCUUGGAAAAUUACUCGACUGUCGUUGCCCCUCUAACAGCACUCACCCGAAAGGGUACUGCAUGGGAGUGGACUCGACAAUGCCAAGAGGCAUUUGACAAAGUCAAAACAAAGCUGACCAAUGCUCCGAUUUUGGUAUUGCCAGAUCCUUCUAAACCCUAUGAGGUGGUCACAGACGCCUCGACAGUAGGGAUUGGGGCGGUACUCUUGCAGGAGGGCCGUCCUGUGGCAUUUGAGAGUAGGAAACUCUCCUCGGCAGAGCAGCGCUAUACGACGUCAGAACAAGAGUUGCUGGCGGUCUUGCAUGCGCUGCGAACAUGGCGAUGUUAUCUGGAAGGUGUGGAGUUUGUGGUCACGAUAGACCACUGUCCGAACACCUAUUUCUCUACUCAAGCCACGCUCACUCGGUGCCAAGCCCGCUGGGCAGAACUCCUUAGUGGGUUCACAUUCAAUAUUCGAUAUCGUGCAGGUUCUACAAACAUGGCUGACCCCCUCAGCAGACAACCGAUAGGGGCAGCGACUGGGCUUGAUGAAACCGAGGAUAAGGCAAUCGUGGUACCCCACGUGGGUAACCUGCGGAAUGAUAUAAUUGAGGAAGUGCAUAGCACCAAGUACGGGGGACACAUGGGUAUCAAGAAAACCCGGUGGGCCUUAAGUGAUGUGUACUGGUGGCCUGGAUUGGGGACUGAGGUCCAACAAUUCGUGUCGCGUUGUGAUGCAUGCGCACGCAACAAGCCAGACACAAAAAAGCCUGGUGGUUUGCUUCAACCACUGGAGAUUCCAGACGAACCUUGGGAGAGUGUCUCACUGGAUUUCAUCACAGACCUCCCAAAAACACGUGACGGUCAUACUGCGAUCUUGGUCUUUGUGGAUCGAUUGACCAAAAUGGUGCACUUUGUGGCUACUACAACAGACGUAUCUGCGUAAGAUACGGCCAAGUUGUUUGUAGC